GGGAGGGGGGGGAGAGAGCGGGCGAGCGAGUGAGCGACGGACGAUAUAAUGCCGAACAUAGUCGAAUCGUGACGGAACUGACCGAAGUUCAUGGACUCUCCCCUUACCACGGUCUUGAAUAAGACCGUGCCCUUUACCGCAAAAAUCAGCUACUCCUCUCAAAAGGCUCCGUCUGCGUACUCUAUGUUAGUCUAUGAUGGUCAUCAUGGUAAAAGAAUCGUUACUAAACUUCUGAUCUCACGGAGUGUUCCAAUUUACGCACACGGCAACUUUAUGUUCAAAGUUGCACUACGCAAUAAAUAUAAAAGAGAAAAAUUAAAAAAAAAGUUUUUAGGAAACUAUAAACAUGUGAAAUGUUAUCGAUAAUACAUUUACUAUUAUUCAAACUGUGCAAUUUGUAAGAGAAAAUCGUGCAAAUAAAACGCUCGUUUUUGACGAAUUUGUUCUUAGCAGAUUUUAAUUCUUGGUGACUGAACCGAGAGGAAUACGUUAGAAAAGCUAUUUCUGAAUUUUAUUUUGUUUUAAUCGAGGUUUGUUUAAGAUUAAUGAAAAAAAAUAUUUUUUGUGUUUUUUAUUAAUAAGUAUUCAGAAAAAAAUCGAUUUUGGAUAAUCUUAAAUAAUUACAGUAGAAAAAAUAAAAACUGAAAAUGACAUUUUUCACGAUAACUUAGAAAAUACAAUUAGGGGCCUUAACUUUUGAGGAAGAAUUUUUUUCAAUCACGAAAUGACAGGCCAAAUAUUACUUUGAAACUCGCCGAGGGCUUUUAACAUGCUUUCUCGGUGCUAUUGCCUUUUAAAUAUAAAAAAUGCAAGCAAGAAUUAACUUCAAUCUGAUCUCUUUUCAUAACCGUAAUUAUGAAGUUGGUUUAAUGGUUAUGGAUGGAUCUCAUUGGACCCGCACUUUAUAAUUGAACGCUAACUUUUUAUUGCUCACAUGAAAUUUUAGCUUAAGUGCCCAAUGUAAACUAGCUUAUACACAUAAAUACAUAAUUAUAUUUAUCUGUCAAAUAAUCUCAAAUUAUUCGUAUUAAAUUAAUAUACAUGUAAUUUAUAGAUUUUAUACAAAAAUUCAUCUAAUUUGAUAUUAGAUAUAAUUAUUUAAAUAUUAUGCAGUGUCGGUGUGAAAACUUUAAUGGUCCAUGUGUAUUUGUACAUGGUGAUGUUGAAAAUUUCCAUGAUGCACUAAUUAUUGAAAAAACAAUGAGUUGUAAAAAUGCAGCAUUGGCUGGAUAUCAAAGUUUGUUAAGCGGCGCAAGUUCUGUACAAGCUGUAGAAAUUACAUUAUGGUGGUUAGAAUGCGAUGAAUUCUUUAAUUGUGGUUAUGGAUCAGUUGUAAAUAACAUAGGAGAUGUACAAAUGGAUGCAAGCAUAGUAGAUGGUUUUAAAUCUGAAUGUGGAUCUGUAGCCGCUGUAUCAGGUGUAGAGCAUCCAAUAUCUUUAGCCAGAUACGUUUUAAAUAAUUUUCCUAAUUCUAUCAUAGUAGGGAAAGGUGCAAAAAAAAUAACUGAAUAUACAAAAUUAAAUUGGGUGUCGAAAGAAAAUAUGAUGGCACCUAUGUCAUAUUUAGCUUACGAUAAAUUAAAAGUAACGGACAGUUCCAUUAUUAAUUUGGAUAUUGAAAAUCAUCAUUUAUUAGAAGAAUUAGCAAGUAAACUAUAGAGAUACAAUAUUUUAGAAAAUUAUUUUUAUAUUUCUUCUAAUUUCUUCUAUAUUUUUUAAUCUUUUAAAGAAAAUAUUGCCAAUACAUGACUUUUCUAUAUAGAUAACAGAAGCACCGUCGGAUGCAUAGCUUAUGAUGGAUAUGCUAUUGCUGCAGGUGUUACAAGUGGUGGUUUGAACAAAAAAUUAGUAGGCAGCGUAGGCGAUUCUUCUGUGUUAGGUUGCAGUACAUAUGCUAA